GCCGCCGAAGCCCAACCGCCGGGCCGGGAUGAAGUUCGUCGCCGCGUACCUGCUGGCGUGCCUGGGCGCCGCCGCCGCCGCCGCCGAGGGCGCGCCGGCGCGCCCGACCAAGGAGGACGUGCGCCGCAUCCUGGGCUCGGUCGGCGCCGACGCGGGGGAGGAGGAGGAGGGCCGCCUCGACCUGCUGUUCGCGCGCCUCGAGGGCAAGGACGUCGCCGAGCUCGUCGCCGCGGGGAGGGAGCAGCUCGCCUACGGGGCCGCCGCGCCCGCCGCUGUCGCCGCCGCUCCCGCCGCAGCCGACGCCAAGGAGGCCAAGGAGGAGGAGAAGAAGGAGGAGGACGAGGAGGAGGAGGAGGAGGAGAUGUUCAGCCUCUUCGACGACAUGUGAUCGGCCCGCCCGCAGGCCGCCCACCACGCGCGUGCGUUUCUUCCUCGGACGGGAUGAGAUGGGAUGAUCCGUCUGUGUGUGUUCUUCAUUGCCUGCUGAUGUUACCUUGGUCGGUGGCUCGGUGCUGGUGGUGGUAGUAGUACAAGUAGAAGCGGUGGUAGAACUAUGGUGGUCUGAGUUUCGUGUCUAGUAGAUAGAUAGAUAGAUUGAUCUAUGGUCGCUUGUUGUCUAGAGAAUCGAUCGAGAACCCGUCUUGAUGCCAAAGCCUUUUUUCGGGUGGCCACAUUAAUUAGUCCUCUUCAUCGUAGAUCUGGGUCUGUUCUAAUCAAGUUUAAAUAGUGUUUGUUUCGAUCCGUUGAUGAGAAUUAACAUGCUGCAUUGCAAUCCCAA